UAUAUACGUUCAUAGUUUAGACAACUUUCAUAGGCAGCACAUGUCUGGGUAAAAAAAAAAAGUAUUUUAAGAAAUUUAUAUAUUUUAGUUAGAGCUGCAUAAAAAUUCGCUAUGUCAUUUGGCAACGUGGAGGACGUUGGCGAUACACUUAGAAGCGUGCUGCAAAGUGGCAAGGACAACGCCGAGGCAAAUGGCUUGGACACUGAUAAUGAGGCGAAGAAUUUGCUUUUGGCCUGUCGCAAGCCCAGGCCCGAUGUUAACUCGAUGACAGUGCGUCAAUAUUUGGAUCAGACAGUUGCCCCCAUAUUGUUGCAUGGACUGCAGGCCCUGGCACGCGAUCGUCCUGUCGAUCCCAUAAGCUAUUUGGCUACAUAUUUGUUAAAGAACAAGAAUCGUUGCGAGGAAGUGAAUCCCGAUUUAAUUUAAGUUACAACAAACAGCUGAUCAAGUACACGCACACAUACACGCACACAUAUGUGUGUAAAUUUUAAUUCUUAAGCACUGUGCUAACUGUGUAAUGCUCUUACCAGAUACCAGCCAAAGCUCAAACACAUUGUUUAUACGUUUUUUGUUUUUCAAUUUCAAUUUUUGUUGCUUU